CUUGCCGGAACCUCCGACAUCUCCUCAUCCUAGUACCACUCAUGCCUUUGAUCGAGGUGAUUGCAAACGAUCGGCUGGGCCGAAAAGUCCGAGUCAAGUGCAGCCCAGAUGACACUGUGGGCGACCUGAAGAAACUCAUUGCCGCUCAAACUGGUACAGAUUUUAAGAAGAUUCAGCUGAAGAAAUGGUAUACGAUCUACAAGGACCACAUUACGCUCUCGGAUUAUGAGAUCCAUGAUGGUAUGAGUUUGGAGAUGUAUUAGUGUUCAAUCCACUCUCGAGAGUACGAGAGAAAGGUGGUACAGAAGCAGACACAAGACUGUUAACUGUGUUUUUCAUAAUCGACAUGUAUUAACAGCUUU